AUGCAGCCGAAUUCUCAAGAUAUUCUCGAUUCUCCCGGCUACUUGCCACAGUGGUCUCCAUCUUCUGCAGACCUUCUCCCGUGGGAAGCGUACGAGAAUUGGACAUCUCCGAGGCACUCAUUCGCCGCGCCCAACCAGUUUGAGGACGCGCCCGUGCUACCGCCACUCAAGCAAGAUCUAGUACAGAACACAUCGAAACUUUCUUCUAAAACCCGCACAUCGCCUCCGCAAUCUCAUUGCUCUGCCUCGAGCUCAACCAUCGCCUCUUUAUCGCCGCCGCCAUCUUCCCCAUCUGGUUCGCCCAGUUCCACGCCUCACGAAGGUUCAGCGCAUCCCUCAUCCCGGCGCUCAGCACAUAACAGAAUUGAAAAACGCUACCGGGAGAACCUCAGUAAGAACUUUGCUGCACUUGAGUCGUCUCUGCAAGGCUAUUACACGCGAGGGGUUGGAAGUGGCAGGCCCCGCUUCUACUGUCAGAGAAAGCAUGCUUCUAAGAAGAUGGCAGUUCUGACCGAUGCCGUCAAUUAUAUCGGGGAGUUGGAGGCAGAGACAGUCAUGUUGAAAAAGAAGCUGGAGACAUUACGGCAAGCGCUGCUACCGAAUGGAAUAUGGAGAUACACCUUAACCGAUGACUAA